AUGACGGCAGUGGAUGAGGCGGAGGAAUUGGCGAUGCGCUGCUGCGUGUGUGGUACGUCUGUCGAGGAUGACAGUAACUAUCUCAAUACAAAGAUGAAGAUGCUCAUCUCCAAGUGUGGCCACCGAUUCUGUGAUCAUUGUAUCAAGCGAGAGUUUCAGCACCAGCGAGAAAUUGCUUGUCCUGCAUGUCAAAAGUCAGUGAAAAAGUCACAAUUACAAGACAAGACCAUUGAAGAGCUCAAUUAUGUCAAGGAGACGUCAGUACGCAAGAAAGUGACCAAGGAUUAUAAUAAGACAGAGGACGAUUUUGACACACUUGACGAGUACAAUGAUUACUUGGAAAUGCUCGAGAAUUUAAUCUUUGAUUUGGUUUAUGGUGACGAUGCUGAGAAAGCGGCAGCACAGAAACAAUGGAAACAAUAUCGACAAGAAAACGCUAUUGUUAUUGCAACUAAUGAUGCCAAGAAAGCAGAUGAAGAGCGACGUAUGGCACAACUGAUCGCCGAGCAGCAGCGACUAGCAGACGAGCGACGACAGCUUCAGCAAAAAGAAGACUCGCAAUUUGAAGCAGAUUUAGAGCGUCAGAAAGCACAGCUUAUGGAGGUAGCACUGGGAGAACGUGAUGAAAGCGAUGUGUCCAAGUUACGCACAACAACCACAGCAAUUCCAAUCGAUCAAGCUGUUACAGCAGAGAUGGAGGCAGCAAUGAUAGGCUUUCAGCCUGGUGUAAUUGGUGGCCCGCAACCCGUUCCUGUACCUGGAGGCAAGCGUGGUCCGAAUUUUGGCAUCAACGAGUCGAAAAAGCUUCGUCGUCAACAGCAGGUUGCGGGUGGAUACGAUCCAGAUUUACAUUUCAAACGUAAUCGUAUGGAGGCUUGGUAUGGCAUUUAUUUUCAGCCCAAUGAUAGAAAACGCGAAAGCAAUGGUCGAAAUAAAUUAAGUCAAGUUUUUAAGCUUGUCCAUAACGUCGAAGAUCAUUGUCGCACUUUGCAUUUCGAACUUGGACAGCGUGUAUAA